AUGCUCGACACAGCCUACAUCUCGAUAGGUGCAAAUCGUUCCUCGUCGUGCGCAGCCGCAUUCGAUAAUGGUGUAUUGGCCUACGGCGCAGGCAGCACUAUCGCCUUGUGGGACAUGGAUGCCAGCGGAAAGGGAGUCUACGCAACUCUGAUCGGGCACAAAGCGCACGUCACGACGCUCAAGCGCAACAGCAAUGGGUUUGUGUCCGGCGAUCAAUUGGGCGAGGUACGGGUUUGGGCGCGCGACGGACGGAACUUCACGUGUACUGCGACGUUUACAGCCCACAAGGGGUCAUCUAUCUCAGCGCUCUCCGUGUUCGACGACGAGGUCCUCACGGGCGGCUCGGACGGUGUCGUCCGCCGCUGGUGCGUCGGAAGCAAGGUCGAAGAGGUCGAGACCCUUGAUCUGCGGGGAAAGCUCCCCCUCGACCUCGUCGUCGGCGCUCUCCCCGGUUCAUCUGCGCGCGUGCUCAUCAUGGGCCUCACCGACCGCAAGGUGCAGGUGUGGACUCAUGUUGACGGUUCGUACCGCUACGCCCUCUCUUUGGAAGGACACGAAGAUUGGGUCCGCUGCCUCACUCUCACGUCCUAUCCUGGCAGCGAUGGGUCAGACCUCCUCCUUGCCACUGGCGCACAGGACAACUACAUUCGCCUGUGGCGGAUCUCACCCUUCGUCGCCGGAGGUAACAUGUUCGAUCUCUCCCAGCUGGACGGGAACGCGCAGAUCUCAACAAAGGCGCACGUCCUCGCAGUCGGCGGUGAGCGAUUUAACAUUACCCUUGAGGCGCUGCUUGUUGGUCACGAGUCGGGCUUGACGAAUGUCAGCUGGUCGCACGCAGAGUCGCCCCGCCUCCUAUCGUCUGCUAGCGACAACUCAAUGGUGAUCUGGUCGCCGACGGACGGUGAGCAUGGCCGCGACGGCAUCUGGGUGCCUGAGCACCGGUUCGGCGCGUUUGGCGGUCGCGGGCUUUCCUUCUUCGGCGCUGUUUGGGCGCCAAAUGACGAGGCCGUCAUUGCGACGGGUUGGAAUGGUGGCGUAGAGCGCUGGAUGCGGCGUGGAGACGGGUGGGAGACGAGCCCGGGCACUUCAGGACACUAUGGGACGGUGCGCAGCGUCGCAUGGGACCCGGCAGGAGACUAUCUCCUCUCGACUGGUUCGGACCAGACCUCGCGGAUACACGCGCCAUGUCGUCCAUCGGGAUCCAAGGAAGCAGUGUGGGCGGAGAUUGCCCGACCACAGAUCCACGGUUACGACAUGGUCGACGGCGCGUUCUUGUCGUCGUUCCGGAUUGCGAGUGCGGCCGAGGAGAAGGUUACGCGUAUCUUUGACGCGACGACUGGGUUCGCGGAGAGCUUGAACACGCUGGGAGUGUGCAACAAGACUGUGGCCGAGAUUUCCCGCCUGCCUCGCGGUGCCACAGUGCCUCCACUUGGUCUCUCCAACCGCGCCUUAGGGAAGGCCGAAGCUGUGAGCGACAUUCCUAAGUCGAAACUCGUGCCGAAGGAUGCGGUAGACCGCGACUCGGUAUCGACGGCCAUGACAAGCCUUCCGACCGAGGAGGAGCUGAGCACCUCGACCCUUUGGCCCGAAAUCGAGAAGGUCUACGGGCAUGGCUAUGAGCUAGCGACGCUGGCAACGAGCCACGCCGGGGACCUUGUGGCGACAGCCUGUCGCGCAACCUCCGCGGAACAUGCUGUCGUCCGCAUCGUCGACGCGUCGACUUGGGCUGACUGCGCCACUUUGCCAGGGCACACGCUGACGGUGACGCGUAUCGCGUUCUCGCCAGAUGACAGCAUGGUGCUGACGGUCUCCCGUGACCGCGGGUGGCGGUUGUUCUCGCGCGACGGCGACAGGUGGACACCUUCGGCCAGCGAGGAGAGGCCGCAUGCGCGCAUGGUGCUCGACUGCGCCUGGGCUGGGAGCGCGUUCGUGACUGCCUCGCGCGACAAAAGUGUCAAGGUGUGGCGACAGGAAGGAGGGAAGUGGGCUUGUGCAGCGACGCACAAGCUCGCAGAAGCCGCGACCGCCGUGGCAGUCACCCCACACGGGGACGGGUACCUUCUUGCCGUGGGCACUGAUGGCGGCAACAUCCAGGUGCUCACACUCAGCGAGGAGAUCAAGACGCUCGCGUCCGUUCCAAAGGAGGCUGUUCAUGCUGGUGCGGUGUCCCGCCUCGCUUGGCGGCCGCACGGCAAGUUGCUCGCCAGUGCUGGCGAGGACCGUUCUGUUCGUAUCUUCAACCUUACCAUCUAG